CUUACUUCUGAACAAGCCAGCCUGUAACACACACACACAGACACAAACAGACACACACAGACACUGCAUGCAGCCCUAGGAGAACCCUGACUAUUAACAUUCCACAACUCUGAAGGACUUGCUCCAUCUGCUGACUUCUGUCCCACCAAGGUGCCUGCAAGUAUAAGGAUGCCUUCCUGCCCUCUCACUUCUAGGACUAGAUGGCAAGUUUGUUGCUGUCUUUUAAGCAUCAUGACUCUACUUGAUGCAUCAUCGACAGCCCCACCAGUAACUAGUACCAGUAAACAAGAGGAAAAAACAUCCCCUGAAGUAACGACACGAGUACAUACACCUGAAAUAUUGAAAACCACUCUGCCUACCACAAUUCGGCCUCAGGCUGUUGACUCUACAAGGUUAACAACAGCAUUGGGAACAACUAAAGAAGAAAUGGCAGCCCUUUCAACCUUGUCCCAUCUUUCGUCUCCUACAAGCCCUGUACACAUCACUGCUGGUACCAGCAGUUCCAAGGAGGCACCCAUGACUCAUUUAACUAAUUCUUCCCAAGAAAGUGUGACAACUAAUCCUACCCAUGCUGCCCCUCAGUCACAAACCAGUACUUUACAAAUGAAUUUUAUUAGCCCAACAACUAAUAAAUGGGAAGAAAUCACCACACCGGCUGAAAAAGAGCAUUUUACUGUUACAUGUGUGAACCUCAGGAACCAGACAUCAACUUCAGAGGUGGCUUGCUUUGAAUACAAGGAACAAGUCAGUUGUGAACAACUGACAGAUGAACAAAAGGAUAAACUGAAAUCUAAACUCUGUAAUUUCAGUGGCCACACUGACUGCAAUAUCAUCCUCCACUCAUCAGAAGUGAACCCUCAUUGUAUCCUCUGGGUUCCAGCUGCUACAGAAGUCAGAGCUUUAAAAGAGACUCUACGAAGCCAACUCCAAGAUAAUCCUGAGCAUGGCGUGCAGCUGAAGUGGGGACAGGUCUCUGAUCAUCAAACAAGAUCGCAGAAAACAAUGAUCGCGUUGAUCACCUGUGGUAUUCUACUGGCGAUUCUCAUCCUUGCUGGCUACUAUAUGUCCAAUACAAAGAGAUGGAGCCCUGGCAGGCAGAGACUGGGUGAAGACCCCUACUAUACAGAAACUGACAGUCAAGGAAACACCCUGGUGUCUGUAUCUGCUCAAGCUCAGGACAAGCCAAACAGUGGAACCAAGGAGAAUGGAACAGGACAGGCGAUAACCCCAAGUGCAACCAAUGGACACUCUACUAAGAAGCCACCCGUGUCAGACACAGAACUGUAAAGUGAAGAAAGUUGUACCUUCAAAAUCAAGGGGAAUGGGUGUGGAGAAUGUUGUUGGGUGACAGUGUUCCAAUAUUGCUGAUCAUGUACCGGCAGAAAUGGAAAACAGUAUAAAUGUCAAUUUAUUCCAUUCACCAAAACCUAAAAUCUGCAGCACAAUCUGAAUGGGCAGCGCCAAAGAACAACUAUUAAAUACAAUUGUUAACAACGCACUCACAGUAGUUGUAUAUUUGCAGCCACAUCCGUUUUUGUUUUUAAUGUCCCGAAAGAAAUGAUACUACAGACCUCGAAUCUCCAAGUUAUGAUAUAGAUAUAGAGGAAAAUUGUAAUUACGUACGGUAAAUGUAGUUUUUUUUUUCAACUCACCUACUUAUAGAGUUUAUGCACUCUACAAACAUUCAUCUGACUAAUGCACAUGACCACAUUGUCACAGAAAUAUAAGAGAUGACUUAUUAAUUAUAUGUAUUGUCAAUAGGAACUGAGAAGAAGCUUAACAUGUUAGUAUGUUACAGUUAUACAUGUAAAAUGUAUAUGUGAAUCAUACAUACACACAACAUGAUACACGAAUCCACAUGUCGCAGUAAUAUUUGUAAUUUGCUAUAUAUUGUUUUUGGUUAAAUAAUAUAUUUGUGUAUAUGUUUUUAGAGCAAGGGAGGUCUGGCUUGGGUUGAAUAUGACAUCAUUUGGUAGGAAUAAUUCAUAGAUGUUGAACUCCAGUCUUUGAGGGAUGCACAUGCAUCCCAAGUUUCCCUAAACCUGUAGUGUCGCUUCCUACCAUUUGCAGGCGACCCAUACAUUGGGAGGUAUGGAUAUAUUUAUCCUGGGAUUUUCAGAUGAUUUGUUUACAUGUUAAAAAGAGACAGAUUUAUCCCUCAAGGGGCAAGUUCAACACACGUGGAUAAGGCUGUGAAUUGUUCUGUUCUUCAUAUACCAGAAAAAUCAGGAGUUAAUAAUAAGCAAGGCUUUAAAUCAUAAAAAUCAAAGCAUUUCACUGCAAUUUGCAUAUUGUAUGUAUGUUGAUAAUAUCCCUCUUUGCAAAGCAGGACUAUGGUAAAUGUGAAUAAAGUAGAUAUUUGCUCUCCUAAAA